CUCCUCGUCCCCGGCAACGCGUUAGCCAUCUUGUCCUACGGUUUAACUUAGUAGUCGAGUAGUGAAAAUCCCAGCCUGCCUGGAGAAAUAUAUCUAUACUGCUACUUACUACUACGUACUGAGUUCGCUGAAUUAACACUCGCGCGUCGGACUGGAUGUUCUUUUAGUUAUAUCUGGAUCUGGAAGAGGGCUGCAUGGCGUUGUAGUGGGCGCUGCUGAGUCGGUUGUGUAAGGCAGCUCGCCGCUCGUCUCCCGCUCUCUCAUUCUCGGAGCGCCAUGGCGGCGAAUCACCAGCAGCAGCAGCAGGCCGUGAACAAACCCAGCACCGGCAAACACGGCAAUGUCCUGCCGCUGUGGGGCAACGAGAAGACUAUGAACUUGAACCCCAUGAUUCUCACAAACAUACUGUCGUCUCCGUAUUUUAAAGUUCAGUUGUAUGAGCUGAAGACCUACCACGAGGUUGUGGACGAGAUUUACUUCAAGGUAACCCAUGCAGAACCAUGGGAGAAAGGCAGCCGGAAGACUGCAGGGCAGACUGGAAUGUGCGGAGGGGUCCGUGGUGUAGGCACAGGAGGUAUCGUGUCCACAGCUUUCUGUCUACUGUAUAAGCUUUUUACUCUAAAGCUGACCCGCAAGCAAGUGAUGGGUCUCAUCACACACACAGACUCCCCGUACAUCAGAGCACUUGGCUUCAUGUACAUUCGAUACACACAGCCCCCAGCAGAUCUGGUUGAGUGGUUUGAGCCCUUCCUAGAUGAUGAGGAGGAGCUGGACGUGAAAGCCGGCGGUGGAUGUGUGAUGACAGUCGGAGAGAUGCUGCGUUCCUUCCUUACAAAGCUUGAAUGGUUCUCGACACUGUUCCCGCGGAUACCCGUGCCCGUGCAGAAGAUGAUAGAUCAGCAGAUGAAGAACCGCCCACGCAAACUCCCACAGAAAGAUGGCAAGGAGGAGGAGGAGGAGGAGGAGGAGGAGGAGGAUGGAGACCGGCACCGCUCCAGGACGCCAAGGAGAACCCCAAGCCCCCGAAGAUCACCAAAUCGCUCACGCAGUCGCAGCCACCACCGAGACCGCCGUGGGGCGAGCUUUGACCGUGAACUGGAGAGAGAGAGAGACCGCCAGCGAAAAGAGAGAGAAGGCAAGGACAGAGAGAGAGACAGGGAAAGAGACAGAGAGCGAGGAGAGAGAGACAGGGCUGCAGACAGAGACAGGGAACGAGAUCGCCGGCGUUCCAAAACGCCAGACCGAGGCUUGGAGCGGCGCAGGAGCCGUAGCAGGGAACGGCGCCGGAGCCGCAGCAACACCCGCGAGAAAAGGAACGAGCGGAAAGAGCGAGAGAAAGAGAGGGAAGGAGAAAGCGAAAGAGAGCGCAGUCGCCGGAAAGAGCGAGAGCACAAAGAGAGGAUCAGUGGAGGAGAGAAAGAGAGGGAGCGUUCGAAAGACAAGAGGAGCAAAGGAGAAGCUGAGGAGCGGCGGCACAAAGAGGAGAGAGAGGAGAGGAGGCACCGUGAGGAGAGGAAGAGCAAACGUUCCAGUCGUAGCCGCAGCAGGGAAAAAAGGCACAAAGCCGAACGCUCCAGCAGAAAGCGCUCCCGCUCCAGAUCCAGGAGCCGACAGGAGGUAGGAGAGGAGAAGAGCAGGAAGCGUGAACACAGCCACAGCAAAGAGCGGCCACACAAGCGCAGUCGUAGCAAAGAGCGCUCCCACAGACGAGAGUCCAGCAAUGGCAAAGAGCACAGGCCCAGGAGCGCCAGUCCAGAGCUGGGUGAUGGAACACAUGCCAGCCGGGGUGAAUCGCCCUGAGCGUCCAUCACCCUCCACACGCCCACUUUACCCUCCCUCAGCCUGUUUCUGUAUUCAACUUCACCGAACAACAGAAAUAAAAAUAGCACGACGUCCCUGGAAUUUUCCUUUUCCUCCUCAUUUUUCCUGUUAACUCCCUUCAUGUAGAUACUACCCAAUCUUUUCUUCUGUAAGAGAAGAAAAAUCCCUGUUUUUUAUUGUUUUUUUUUCUCUUCCACCUCGUCCUGGACAUAAUGGAAAAAAAUGCUUUUUAAAUGUUUGAUGAUGGUUUUUGUUUGUAUUUUUUGUUUGUUUUCAGGAAAUCUUCCAAAAAAAUGCUUUUGUACAUAGAGCACGGGGGAAUGUUUUAAAUCGUACAAAGGACACGCGCAGAGUGAAGCUGGUGGAACAGCAACAGCGUGGACCUACUGAAAUUGUGCUGUGUUCAGGUCAUUUCUCUGUUGCAUCUCAUUUCCUAAUAAAAAUCUUGUAUGAAAA